UCUAAUAACUCGUAGUGUAUUAAUAUUUCACGCAUUAUUCGUCCUACAAUAUUAAUACGAAGAGACUAAAAGAAUUAGUACAAUACAUAUGUAUAACACGGAAUAUUAUACAUAAUAUUGGAAAGAGUGUAUAUAAUGUGGUAUGGCAAUAGGUUUUUGCUGCUCGAUUCGUCGCCGGCAUCAGUCUGUUUUUGUUUUGAUUUUAGCGGUUAUUCAAGCGCUCGAAGCGAUGUUAGCCGCGUGACGUCACAUUACUUGAAAGUCUCGGAAUCAAUGGACGCGUGCAAGAUCGCUCCGCGUUUUCGUACAUUUUUUCGCGACGAAUGUGAAUUUUACGCGUGUGCGAGCAGUAGAUAUAUCGAAUGAAAGGACGAGUGAGUGCCGGAUGAAUAGAUUUUCGAAUUGAUCGAGGUUUAUUGACGAUUUAUUACGGCUCGACGACUUCUCGCGAUUCGCGAAGUUGCCGCUGAUUAUUUCGCCGUGUCGUAUGUCGGGAAAGGACGGGUAAUCAUUUUCAUAUUGUAAUCAUUCUCACUUUGACGAAUUGUGCGUGUAAUAUGUGCCGAUUAAUUAGUGCGUACGAUCAUAAAUCGCGAUUUUUCUCCGAUCGAUUCUAUUCCUGCGCGAGUGAAUAUCCCGAAAGAGAAAUCCCAGCCAGCAAAAUUGCAAUGACUGCAUACAUUGACUGGUGUGUACUUUCAAGAUGGGUUCGUGCAAUUUCAAUCGAAUAAAAACUCGUAGAGCAGCGGUGGCCGUCAGCCAGCUCUUUUCGCGAAGAAAACAACUUCGGUCGUUGGGGAGAGAAGAGAUGCGAAAUAUCCCACAGCGCGGCAAAACAAGUGCAUUAUUGGCUUUUCUUUCUCCGAAACUCUCUCAAUGGAUACACUUUGAAGUUGGAGAUUGGAAGGACUCAGUACCCAGAAGAUUUAUCCUAAAGGAGAAGCCAAGUAUCUAAACGCGUUUAACGGUUUUUUAAGCCCUAUAUAAGAUCCGUUUCAUUGUUAUCUUUUUUCGGAAUUGCUGUGUAAAGUGUCGCGUAAAAUAUAAGAAUGUCGUUUUAAGUAUCUCAUUUCCAAGUGGAUACCAUCUAAAAAGUUUUGCGUUUAAAUGCGGAAGUGCCAUUUUUCGCGCGUGUGAGUUAACAGACUGAUGAUCCUGGCGAACCUGAUGAUUUUGAUAAUCUGAGAGAGGAGGAGCAGACCUAGAAGAUCAACGUAGCUUCUCAAUGUAAUCAACUCUGCGCUGUUAUGAAUCGGCUUCGGCAUUGUAUUAUUCUCGGAGCAAAACGUACUUGUAGCGAUCGUUGAUCGAGAUCGCGACGUGAAAAGAGGGGAGAAGAGGGGAUAAGAAAAAAUGUGACGUAACGCGUAUAAGUCCGCCGCGGGGGAGAAGUGGUAAACUUCAUGAGAGCGUGCGAUGCACAUACGCGUCAUACGCGCGCCAAGCAACACACGGGCCUUUUCAAGAUCGUCGUCUUCCAUUUAUUUCUUACAAUCUCAUCAGUCGGUGAACGUGGUUCGUAAAUAGCAAUCGAUUGUACAUCAAGAUUAUUUCAACGACGGACGUAGCUGCUGAAAUUUAUAAAACGACAACGACGUCUAACAUCGUGAGGAAACAUGCCAUUUUUUAAGAAGCUCCGUAGAUUCUCCCGCCAUAAAAAAUUAUGCGAGGAAUGGGCGUUGGCGAACAGUCGUGAAUGCGUAGAGGGUGGCGGUUCGGCGGGCACGACGCACGGGGAGGAAUCCGAGGAUACGUCCGAGGCGAGGUUCACCCUCAAAUAUUUGGGCAGCACCCUCGUCGAGACACCCUCGAGUGAGGAGGCCACAGCGGAAGCCAUCAAGACCGUCAUUACCAUGGCGAAAGCAAGCGGAAAAAAACUGCAAAGGGUCUCUUUGGCUGUGAGUUUGAGAGGAAUUAGAAUGACGGACUUGGCCACCGAAGAGGAUCAGCUUCAAGUAUCGAUAUAUAGGAUCUCGUACUGCUCGGCGGAUGCGACGCACGAUCAUGUUUUCGCGUUCAUUGCGACGAAUCUAAACGAGACGAUGGAGUGUCACGCGUUUCUCUGCCCCAAGAGAAAAAUGGCGCAGACAGUGACACUGACUGUGGCACAAGCUUUCAAGACGGCUUAUCAGGCGUGGCAGUUGUCGCAGUCCGAUCCGAGGAUCCAUCACGCGCAAGAUAAGAGUCCUCCUUUGACAGGCGACAAGACUGAUAACAAUGAGAAAAAGAACGCCAGUGAGACAAAAACCACCACCGGCAAAAUUAACGAGCAAAAUAAGCAAAACAGUCAACAACGAUGUAAUGAAAGCCAGAAGAAUUUACUAAUUGAUCUGUCGAACGAUCCUAAACCGGCAGGAAAUUCAUGGGUGUGCUUCGAGGAAGAGUCGGAUGCGAAGAAAAGCCAGAAGAAGAGCGCGACGAUCAAUAACAGUAUCCCUAUGACCACACUUAGGCAUCAUACAACGGCGUCCACCCCGGCUCAUCAUGUGGUGCCCCGACCAAGCGCCGGUUUCAAAGUACAGAACGCCUGGGGCGAAUCUAGAUCGGUCGAUCUCAUGUGCUCGUAGCAGGCAGGAUAGCCGGCGGCCGACAGCUUCAGGGACGUGCCAUUGAUCACAGGCCUCUGGAAGCAUCUUUCGAACAACGGCCAAGCCAAAAAGUCCAACGGCAGUCGUUAGAUCCUCCAACCGAA